AUGGCCGCCACAAAGAACCCCCUCCAGCGGUUCCUGUCCCGCACCCUGGGCUUCACAAAGGGCUACAAUGUCGCCCUCUUCCUCGUCCUCGGCGGGCUCACCGCGCUCUUCAGCGCCUACCGGCUGCCCUCCAUCUCCCUCUCGCACUUCUGCACCCCGGGCAACUCGAUCCCCGGCGAGUGCUUCACCUACCAGUUCCCCGGCCGCCACCAGACCGGCAUCGUCCUCCACCUCGCCUCCAUCCUCCCCGCCAGCCUACUCGCCCUCCUCCAGUUCGUCCCCGCCAUCCGCCGCCGCGCCAUUGCCGUCCACCGCUACGCCGGCUAUGCCGUCUGGCUCCUCUCCUUCACUGGGACCGCCGGCAUCUUCAUGCUCCUCGACAAGGCCGCCGGCGGCAACUGGGACACCCAGGCCGUCGUCCUCUCCUCCAUGUUCCUCGGCGCCACCUUCCGCGCCUACCAGACCAUCCGCCAGCUCCACAUCGACCAGCACCGCGCCUGGAUGCUCCGCGCCUGGGUCUACGCCUGGUGCAUCGUCACCAUGCGGCCCGUCUUCAUCGCCUCGGCCAUCCUCGUCUCGAAGCUCGGCACCUUCUACUCGGCCCAGCCCUGCGACAAGAUCGAGUACAUCCUCGCCACCACCCGCCUCCAGGACCCAAACGUCACCCUCGCCGGCACCUUCCCCGAGUGCGCCGCCUACGUCUCCGGCGCAAACCCCGCCAGCAUGGCCGUCGUCAACGCAAACCUGCGCGGCAACAUCAUCGAGAAGACGGCCGCCCUCAACAUCUGCUUCGGCACCUCGACCUGGAUCUGCCUGUUUCUCCAUGCCGCUCUUGUCGAGGUCUACCUCCACUACACCUCCGACGAAGACCAGCGCCUCAAGAAGGUAUCCCACCAGAAGCGCCUGCAGGCCGGGCUCAUCAAGCCUGCCGAGGUCCCUGCCCAAGUCGCCGCCUCGGCCGCCGUCGAGGGUCUGCCAGAAGACAAGAAGACCGCGUAG